AAAGCUGUUUACUGUUGCUGAGGAACCUAAAUGGCUGCAGAUUAGUGAUGACAAGUUGAUACACUGAUUUAUGCACGUGAAUGAAUUGAUUUAAAUUGAGAAAAAUGAUGACGGAUAUAGAACAUCGACCUGAGGAUGUUGGGCAAAUAUUGAUAAAGGUACAAGAUGAUAUCAGACAGUUGAGGGAGAAUCUAACAAACAAAGGUGAUGGCAAAGGUAUUACUAUUGAGGAGUUGGAAAAUGCCCUCAACAAAACAGAACAAGGUCUUCAGCAAAAAGCAGAGCAGAUGCUUAGCCAGCUUAACAACCAGGUGCAGACCCUGCCAAGUGCUGAUGCUAUCCAGGCACCUGGGUUUAUGGCCCUUGAGUCAACAUGGGACCUCAAACGACAGACCCGUGGUCAACAGAGAAUAGACAUGAGCCAGUCAUAUGUACCAAGGUAA